GCUCAUGAGAGACCCAUGGGGAGCUGCCGAGAGGAGGGCCUCCCAUGCCAGCCAGGCCUCCCGGACCAGGACGCAGACCUCCUGGACACAGAGGAUGUGACCAGGUCGCCAGCUGCCCUCCUGGAGGGGCUCCUGCUGGAGGGGCCAAAGCAGCCGCUCGGCACCGGGCAGGGUCCCUUCUUCUACAUCGGGGGCUCCAACGGGGCCUCCAUAAUUAGCUCCUACUGUAAGAGCAAGGGCUGGCAGCGCACCCAUGACAGCCGCCGGGAGGACUACAGGCUGAAGUGGUGUGAGGUCAAAUGCCGCGACAGCUACUAUAGCUUCCGAGAAGGUGAGCAGCUGCUGUACCAGCUGCCCAACAACAAGCUCCUCACCACCAAGAUCGGGCUGCUCCGGGCCCUGCGGGAGUACUCACGGGCCUCCAACAAGGCCAGCACACUAGCCAGAUUUGGAAAAGACACAGUACCCACCCUUGAGGAGCUGACGUGGACCAGCCCAGGACGCCUCAGACCGCAGAGGGUCCUGAAAAUGGAAGAGUUUUUCCCAGAAACUUAUCGUCUGGACGUCAGGGAUGAGAGAGAGGCAUUCUUCACUCUGUUUGAUGAAACCCAGAUAUGGAUCUGCAAGCCCACAGCCUCCAAUCAGGGCAAAGGCAUCUUUCUGCUCAGGAACCAGGAGGAAGUUGCCGCCCUGCAGGCCAAAACCCAGAGCAUGGAGGAUGACCCCAUCUACCGCAAGAUGCCAUUCCGGACACCUCAAGCUCGGGUGGUGCAGAGGUACAUCCAGAACCCACUGCUGCUGGGCGGGAAGAAGUUCGACGUGCGCUCCUACCUGGUCAUCGCCUGCGCCAUGCCCUUUAUGGUCUUCUUUGGCCAUGGCUACGCCCGCCUCACCCUUAACCUCUACGAUCCCCAUUCCAACGACCUCAGUGGCCACUUGACCAACCAGUUCAUGCAGAAGAAGAGCCCCCUGUAUGUGCUGCUCAAAGAGGACACAGUGUGGAGCAUGGACCACCUCAACCGCUACAUCAAUGACCACUUCAGGAAGGCCAAGGGCCUCCCCAGAGACUGGGUCUUCACCACCUUCACGAAGCGGAUGCAACAGAUCAUGGCCCACUGCUUCCUGGCAGUCAAAUCCAAGCUGGAGUGCAAGCUAGGCUACUUCGAUCUCAUUGGCUGUGACUUCCUGAUUGAUGAGAACUUCAAGGUGUGGCUGCUGGAGAUGAACUCCAACCCUGCUCUGCACACCAACUGUGAAGUCCUCAAGGAGGUGGUCCCCGGUGUGGUCAUGGAGACCCUGGACCUGGCGCUGGAGACUUUUCAAAAGAGCUUGCGCAGCCAGAAGAUGCUGCCCCUGCUGUCGCAGCGCCGUUUCGUGCUCCUCCACAACGGCGAGGGGGACCUGUGGCCGCGCCUGGGGGGCCUGCGCGGCUGGCCCCGCCCGCAGCCGCAGCUCUGGCCCGCCGGGUCAGGCGGGCCCCGCCGCUCCAGGCCCUCCUUCCUCAAGCGCACGUCCACCCUGGGCACCCACAUAGACCCAGCGAUGCUCCCCUGCCAGGCCGUGGGCGGGGGUUAA